GGGAAGGAGGGGAGAGAACGGAGGAGGUAAGCGCCUGCGUUCGCGAUUCUCGUCCGGCUGACUACUUCCGCCAUUAGCAGUCUCCAUAGCAACAAACAGGCAAAUUGAAGAUCGGUAUGCUGUAUAAGUAUUGGUGAUGACUCUUCAGCAGAUUGCUCAGACAGCAGCCAAUUUAUAUCCUGAGAGGAGAGCAGUAUGCUUUGACGAGUGCAACAAUAAGAUUCCCGCCACGUACACAUAUAAGACAGUUACCACCCUUGCCACAGAACUGACUGAUUUUUUGAGGGGAAAGUGUAAUCUCACCGGCAAUUUAGUGAUAGGCCUCUACUGCUAUCCAGGGAUAAAUCUGCCUUCUUGGAUUAUAGGAAUUCUCCAAGUGCCAGCUGCUUAUUCUCCUAUUGAUCCAGAUGCCCUGCCAACCUUGUCUACUUAUGUUAUGAAAAAGUGCAACUUCAAAUAUGUCCUUGUGGAAAAAGACAAACUUGAUAAAUUCAAAAUCACGUUUGGACACUUGUUCUGCCAUAAGUUCCUUGAAAUUCAGAACAUUGGCUUAAUUCUUUUCCAAAGGAGCAGCAGUAGAAUUGAUGGAAAUCUGUUGAUUGACCGUGAAAAUGAUAAUAGUGAAAGGCCUGCAGUGACAAGUUGCUGGGAGGAAAAUACUCCAGACCAGAAUGAGACAAAGCAAUCCAAAGAGCUGUUGGAUGCCAGAAAGAAAUACUCCUUAGCCUAUGUUUUGCAUACAUCAGGAACAACAGGGAUUCCGAAAAUUGUCAGAGUGCCCCAUAGAUGUAUAGUACCAAAUAUCCUUCAUCUCCGAGAUCUGUUUCAAAUCACCCCUGAUGAUGUGAUAUUCAUGGCCUCUCCCCUGACGUUUGAUCCAUCUGUAGUUGAGCUAUUUGUUACUCUGGCAAGUGGGGCUUCUCUACUUAUUGUACCCCAGCUGAUUAAAAUGAUGCCCCAGGAGCUGUCUGAGGCUCUUUUUCAACACCACAGAGUAUCUGUAUUACAGGCCACACCAACACUUCUGAGAAGAUUUGGAGUUCAGCGCAUAAAGUCAACUGUACUAUCUGCCAGUACUUCAUUGCGAGUCUUAGCUCUUGGUGGAGAAGCAUUUCCGGGCCUGAAUGUGCUGAGAAGCUGGAAAGAAAAAGGAAAUAAAACACAGGUGUUUAAUCUCUAUGGCAUUACCGAAGUCUCUUGCUGGGCCACAUGCUACAAGAUCCCUGAAGCAUUAUUUGGUUCUGAUCGCCGAUCUGAUUCCCUUGUGCCAUUGGGAACCCCAUUAUCUGGAACAAGAGUUGAAGUCAAAAAUUACAGCGGUUCUGCCAUUCUGGAAGGUGAAGGUCAAGUGUUUAUAGGAGGUGAAGAACGGGUCUGUUUCCUUGAUGAUGAAGUCACAUUGCCUAGGGCCACAAUGAGAGCGACUGGUGAUUUUGUAACAGUUAAGGACGCAGAAAUGUUUUACCUGGGGCGGAAGGACAAUCAGAUUAAGCGUCACGGCAAGAAGCUCAAUAUUGAAUGCAUUCAGCAGCUUGUGGAAGACAACUGCCAAGUGGAAACCUGCACUGUGAUAUGGUACCAGGAAGAAAAAUUAGUUCUGUUUGUUGUGUCCAAAGGCAGUUUCAAACGAGGAGAUCUUUUCAGAAAACUCCAGGAAUGUCUCCCCAGCUACGCAGUCCCGGAUGAGCUUUUGCUGAUUGACGCUUUGCCUUUGACGUCACAUGGCAAAAUUGACGUGCCUGAGCUGAACAAGAUCUACAUCAGCCAUCUGAAUUCCAGAAGGUGUGAAAGGAAGCUGAAUAAGAAAGAAGAAUUGUGGGAGAGGCUGCAGUGCUUCUGGAAGUCUCUUCUGAAUCUCCCUGAUGAUUCCAGCAGCAUUUCAGAAGAUUCAUUGUUUUUGAACAGUGGUGGAGAUUCUUUAAAGUCAUUACACCUCCAUGAUGAAAUUGAAAAUCUGGUUGGGAGGGCCAUUCCUGGCCUCCUGGAAGUUAUUCUCAGUCACUCCAUUGCUGAAGUCUACAACCAUGUCCUAAGGAUUGCUUUCCCAAGUGAUGAUCAAAACAGUUCUGCAAAAAGAAAACGGAGAGACAGCAGAGAGGAGCUGAGUAUAAUGUAUGCGGAGCCACAAGUUGGAGGGUCCCUAAAAAGUGAAGCACACACUGUUGGAUUUGUUGCAGUGAGCCGCGGAAAUCGAUUGCUGUCCACAGAUGAACACCUGAAGAACCAGUGUGGUGCAGGAAUUCAGCUAAGGGAAUCAAGGCCCUCUUCACUUGUUCUAAGUGAACCCAGAGGGGAGGAAGUUUUGAAGAGUAAUGAAACAAUUGCUAGCAAUGCAAACACAACAGACAUUGAUUCUGCACAACAGACUCACUUAAAAGAGAACCUUGGAAGAACUGCUGGAAAGUUGACGUUAGAUGUAAGGUGGAAGUCAGACUUGGGCAAAUGUGUAGAUGCAUCUCCUCUAGUUGUAAUACCAGUCAUUGACCAGUUAUCUGCCUCUGUAUAUAUUGGAUCUCAUUCUCAUGCAAUUCAGGCAGUUGACCUGUAUUCCGGAAAAGUGAAGUGGGAGAGAUGCCUUACAGAUCGCAUUGAGUCCUCUGCCUGUGUGUCUGUGUGUGGAAACUUCAUAAUUGUUGGGUGUUAUAAUGGGUUAGUAUAUGUACUCAGAAGCAGUAAUGGGGAAACAAAAUGGACAUAUGUUGCAGAAGAUGCUGUGAAAAGUUCUGCGGUGACAGAUCCUUCCACGGGGCUGGUCUUCAUUGGAUCUCAUGACCAGCAUGUAUAUGCUCUAGACAUUUAUAAGGAAGAGUGUGUCUGGAAGUUAAACAGUGACGCUGGAGCUGUGUUUUCCUCCCCUUAUCUAAAUCUUCUGCCACACCACCUAUAUGUUGCUACACUCAGAGGGCUGCUGCUAGCUUUAAACCCUGUUACGGGGAGUCCAGUCUGGAAAAGCGUUUGUGGGAAACCUGUCUUUUCAUCACCACAUUGCAACAAGGACUGUGUGUGUGUCGGAUGCGUAGAUGGGAAUUUUUAUUGCUUUAGCCACUUUGGAGAAAAGGUUUGGCAGUUUUCCACUAAUGGACCAAUUUUUUCAUCACCCUGCCUUUCAAGUUUUACUAGAGAAGUGUUCUUUGGCUCCCAUGACCACUUUACUUACUGCUGUAAUAUGGAAGGUAAUUUAAUGUGGAAAUUUGAGACCACAUCAACUGUAUAUGCAACACCGUUUGUUUUCCACAGUCAUGACUUGGAGGAUAAAACACUUCUGGCAGUAAUAUCUACAGAUGGCAGAAUCUGGAUCUUGAAUGCUAAGACUGGCGCGGUAGAAGGCUCAGGGGAACUUCCGGGAGAAGUGUUCUCUUCUCCUGUCAUAUGGGGAACUAAGCUUGUUGUUGGCUGUAGAAAUAACUAUGUUUAUUGCCUGGAUUUAUGUAUAUUGAAAAACAUUAAGACUGCCUGAAAUUUGCUGUGGA